AUGACGGACUCCGGAAAUGAAACCUCUGUUGGCCAAUAUCUUACCGAGGCGCAACAUCUGUCGGUGGUCUCUCAACUGGUGCCUGCCUUGAACCCUGGCGAGGUCCUCAUCGCACCACGAUCUGUGACACUUUGCGGCUCCGACAUGCACUAUUUCCAAAAAGGCUGUAAUGGUUCAAUCAAGAUCCUACAGCCCUUAUGUCUCGGCCACGAGUUCUCUGGCAACAUCGUAGAGCUUGGCCCAGGGGUCACUGAUCGGCAACAGGGGGAUCUCGUUGCCAUCGAGCCUGGCGUAGCAUGUGGAAAGUGUGAGCUUUGUCUCGAUGGUCGUUACAACAUCUGUCCUGAGCUACGUUUUCGUGGCAGCGGAUCUGCAUGGCCCCAUUUCCAAGGCGGACUACAAACGCGGGUGGUUCACCCAGCGGCAUGGACACAUAAACUUCCCCCAGGGAUGACGAGUGAAGAGGGGGCCUUACUGGAGCCUCUUGCUGUUGCCGUACAUGCCUGCCGCCGUGCUGGUAUCAAGCCAGGAAGCAGCUGCACUGUCAUUGGCGCUGGUGCUGUAGGACUUCUCUGUGCAGUGGCGGCUCGUCUUUCGGGAUGCUCCCGAAUCGUCAUCGCGGACAUUGUCCGAUCUCGGGUCGAGUUUGCUCUACACUAUCGAUUUGCCGAUGCGGGAUUCGUCGUGCCCGCCAAACGAGGCGCGACUGCAGAAGAAGAGCUUGAGAUUGCCACGGAAAUGGCAAAAUCCCUUGCAGAGGUCAGAUCCCCUGAUGGUACUCCAGUGGGACGGUCAAACUACACAUUCGAGUGUACUGGAGUCCAGUCUUGCGUGCAAGCAAGUAUCCUUACUACAAAGGCAGGAGGCAAAGCGGUGCUGGUCGGCAUGGGUACUCCCAAUCAUUUGCUUCCAAUCUCGGAUGCAAGUGCUCGUGAAGUGGAUAUCAUUGCAGUCUGGCGUUACGCAAACUGCUACCCCGAAGCAAUCGACAUCAUGGAAAAGAGCAAGUCUGAUCCGAUGAUGCCUGACAUAGGGCAGAUGAUCACACAUCGCUUCCACGGCCUUGAAAAUGUCCAUCAGGCGCUAACGUGUGCAAGCAAGAGCAGAGACGAGGAUGGGAACAUGGUGAUCAAGGUGGUCGUCAACGUUAACGAAGAAGAGCUCGAUGUGUAA